AUGACCGAAAGACCGAUCGAUGAGUCCCCUUCCCUGGAUCCUACCAUGAUUAAGGCGCGCUUUGUUGGUGCACUUAAAGAAAAACCACGAAAAGGGAAAAAGGUUCUGCGGGCAUGGCAAAACGAUAUUCUUGAACAGAUAGAAGAGUUUUUGAAACUUGAAGACUUUGACGUCAACUUUUGCGAAGGCGAAAUUUCACAAUCCCCCUUAUGGCAGGCCACGAUGCGAAUCGAAAUUUUCAACAAAGUUUUGGAAAGAAAGGAAACAGACGCGAACCUAUCCGAUGGGAAGCACAGAACAGCUAUGUUUUUGGCGGUCGAAUCAGAGGAACUCCAAAUAAUGGAGAGCCUUAAGAAAGCUGGAGCUCUGAUUGACUGGAAGGACAACGAGGGUCGCACUCCACUAUCACUCGCAGCCGAGCUUGGCCAUCUAGAGUGUGUGGAGUUUCUUCUAGCAAAUGCAGCUGAUAUCAAUCACCGAGAUCUUCACCGUCGAACGCCAUUGUUGAUGGCAGUGGAUCUAGACUCGUUCCACCCGAAGAAACAAAUAAUUAUCAAUCUUCUCAUUGAACGAGGCGCAAAUCCCAAUUUAGCGGAUGACGAAGAAAAGACUCCCCUAACAGGCGCAAUUCUCGAUUCGGAUAUCGCAACCGUCAAGCAGUUGUUAGACUCGAAAUACUUAACAGCCAACGUGAAUCAGUAUGCACGAGGACGAACAGCAUUGUCCUUAGCAGUGGAGCGUGAAUCUAUUGAAAUCAUAAAGCUGCUCAUACCAAAGGCAGAAGUCAACAUGGAGGAUGACAAUAGCCUAAAGCGGACACCACUAGCCUGGGCUAUUGAGAAGGAAAAGUACUGGGCGACGAUGAAACUGCUUGAAGACAGCAGGACUAAUGUGGAUCAUGCAAACCCGCACGGACGAACUCCUUUCUCGCUGGCAGCGGGCGAUAUGCGUGUUGCUAUCACGCAAUUACUUAUUCGCCAUGGCGCCGACCCCCAUCUGGAGGAUAACGAUCAUCGCACAGGCUUUUGGUGGUUUCUAAAGGCUAGAUUCCAUUCUGAUUUUCGUAUGCCAAUCAAUUUAAAGCAACAAACCCCAAGGGUUCCUCGCGGUGAGUUUGGAGACUUAAUAGACUCCCUUCCACGACCAAACGACCAAGACUCUACUGGACGCAGCUGGCUGUCUUGGGCUGCUGAAUAUGGGGACGAAUAUGUUGUAAAACAGUUCUUGAAAAACAAGGAUGUCAACCCGAAUCAGUGUGAUAAAACCGCGGGGACUUUUGCAAGAACUCCAGUGAUCUGGGCAGCGGAGAAGCACCACGAAUUUUUGGUGCAAUUGAUGAUAGAUCAGAGGAAGGAUGACCUUUCAUUGAACUACGUGAUUCGGCAUUCAAAAGUUUAUGAAAGAGAACUCGGAGAAGAGCGAAUGUUAAACACUGUCAAAACGCUUUGUUCCCACGGCGAGGCGGGUGAUUCCUGGAUUACGGAGAGAUGCGACGCCGAAGGAACGAAGCCUUUACACCUUGCCUGUUAUCAAGGAAACGACAAGAUUGUGGAUAUCUUGUUAGAGAGCGAAGUAGUUCUGAACUCAAAGGACCGUACCGGCCGAACACCUCUACAAUACGCUUUGCAGCAAAAGCAUGAGGAAAUUGCGAGACGACUACUCAAAUUAAUGUCGAAACUUCAAUUUGUGCAGUCAAAUGACUGGUUUAAAGUUGCAGAUCAGGAAACUUAUUGGGUUAAGGUCUUUCAAAAAGCCAUAAGCGGUGACUUUGACUGGGAUUUGAUUCGCAAACCUGAGUGCGACUUCCUCUUAUGUAAAGAGCAGCGUACAUUAUACCUUUGUGCGCAGGAAAACGUAUGGUCUCGUGUACCGAGACAGUUCGAUGCUGAGGAUGAUAUGAAUUCUGAGAUGGCCAAAUCAGAGUAUAUUCAAUACAUCCGCAAAGAUUUCCAGGCCUUCGCGGUAAACUACAUAUCAGUUACUUUCCCUGUCCAAGACCAAAGCCCUUCUGCAAACCGCAAAACAGUUCAGGACCCAUGGGGUGUCGCAUGGAUCAGAGGACCGGAGUCGAAAGACAAGGUCAAUGUGUUUCUAAGCAGACUGUCGGGUAGCAUACUUCCGGAUGGCUGCAUUCCUAGCUCGGAUUUUGAGAUUAUCGAACGGUUUUUGAAGAAUCUAAAGAACGAAUGGAAUACUGCUUGCUCGGUUGCCAGCAUGAAAAUUGACGGACUGCGAGCUAAUCAAGUGACGCAAAAGGGCCGGAACCCUGAAUUUAUUGAUGAGCUUGCUAACAAUGCAUCGAUACGGAUGACGGUCCGGAAAUGUCUACGAUCACAUAUUGAUAGACUGAGAUGCGAGGUCAAGUCUGACCAUUAUCUCAAAGAAGAAAAGCAAAGCAAGCUCACUGAGAUUAUUGAUGGCAUUGAAUCGUCUGCCAUUAAAAGUUUGGACGACAUGGAACGAGCCGUCCGGGAGCUAUUGCAAAUGGAACUUGCCUGGGUCUCAAGAAACGAGGCAGCCAGUAUCAAACGUCUUAGCUGGGUUACAUUCAUUUUCCUUCCUCUGAUGUUUGCCUCCAGUCUAUUUGGCAUGAACGUGGAUUUGCUCAAAGACAAUCCAGAUUGGAGGUGGUAUACGCUUUUUGGGACUCUGUCUGUUCUCCUAACAGGAAGUCUAUGGAUGGUGUCCAGAUUUGUCCCAGAUGAUAUCGUUCUCUCGCGUGUAUUCCGCGGUACUACGGAUGCGGCCGUUUUCGAAAAUUUCAUAGUCAUCUCCUUCAGCAUUGCGGCAGAUGGCCAGAACCUGAAUCUAUUCUGGUGA